AUGUCCCUGUUCUCCGUUAAUGCGAUUCUAAUCCUCAAUGCCGAAGAUGGUUCUCGAGUGUUCACUAAAUACUACUCUCCACCCCACCACAGCUCCUCAUCACCAGCAACGCCAUACCCAGAUCAAAAAUCUCAAAAAGCAUUCGAAAAAGGCCUUCUCGAGAAGACGCAAAAGCAAACCGCAGAUAUCAUUCUCUACGACAAUCGCAUUGUUUUAUACAAGAGUGAGAGCGAUGUUAUGAUAUAA